ACACCUACCAACCGGGGUCGGUUGAGCAAAAUGGCAACGUACGGUGACGAGCCAGUCGACAGCUAUUUCUAUUCAUCUUACAACCCUUACACGGGCAGAUACCCCCGGCCUAAAGACGCGGGGUGGAAAUAUAAAAGUUACCUGUCUCACUAUGGAGACAGUUCGGACGCCUUCAACAACCAGCAGCGCGCCCAGCUGAAGUCCAUCUUAUCUCAAAUCAACCCCAAACUCACCCCGAGGCUCAGGAAGGCGAACACUAAAGAUGUGGCGGUGCAGGUGAACCCGAAGAGGGACGCCUCGGUGCAGUGCUCCAUCGGCCCGCGGACCCUCGUGGCCAUGAAGCGGGACUUCCGGCGCAAAGGGACGCAGGAGCCCUCCACGACGCCCGGCAGCAGCCCCAAGGCGGCGGGCGGUGUGCGUUACCCCCGCACCCUCGCCGUGUAUUCACCCAUCGCCUACAGAAGCGUUACCUCCUUUCUGGUCGAUGACAACAACAAUAAGGAAGCCUCCUGCGGGGAGGCGCAGACCGGAGAGCCGCCCGGUGAGCCGCCGGAGUACGCGGGGAAAACAGACGGGAAGAAGAGCGAGGAGAACCAGGUGGGCGAGGAUGGAAAGACCGAUACGCUCCCAGACCAGCGCAAGAAGCCAAAGUCCAGACAGGUGAAGAGUGAAAAUGUGCAGCCAACUACAGAGGGGUCAAAGAGCAGGGCGCGCGUGCGGUUUCAGUUUCUGGAACAGAAGUACGGAUAUUAUCACUGCAGAGAAUGCAACCUGCGAUGGGAGAGCGCCUACGUUUGGUGUGUUCAAGGCACCAACAAGGUUUACUUCAAACAGUACUGUAGGAAAUGCCAAAAGGACUUCAACCCAUACCGUGUUGAGGACAUCACAUGCCACACAUGCAACAAAGCGCGUUGUUCCUGUGCAACAACACAACGCCAUGUUGACCCCAAGCGGCCCCACAGACAGGACUUAUGCGGCAGAUGCAAAGGCAAGCGACUCUCCUGCGAGAGCACUUUCAGCUUCAAAUACAUCGUCUAGGAGACUUCUCUACUGAACUUUGCCCCGAAAAACAUCAGUACAUGUCUUUUUGUGGGGCAUCUUCAACCCAUGCCACUAUAUUUGGAGAUGCAAUAAUGGCAUCUUGGAUACCAAAUGUAUAUUUGAUGUUUCAAAUCUUAGUUUAAUGCCUGUUUUGUGUUGAUGAAAUUAAUGGUAAGGACCACACUUUACAAUGUAAUAAAUGACUACCUUGCACUCUG